AUGGAACUGUCCCAGCUCCUCCGAGAGAUCAGGGCAAAGUAUGAAACGCUCAUCACCAGAAAUCAGAUAAAGACCAUCAUCUCAGCAAGGACCCAGCUAGAAGCAGCUACAGUUAAAAGAAUGGACAAAGAUGCAGAAGCGUUAAAGGCAGCCAGAGCAGAACUCUGUGAAGCCAGGCGGCAGUGGCACCACAUGCAGAUUGAAAUCGAAUCUCUCCAUGCUGUGGAAAAGGGUUUGGAGCGUUCAUUGCGUGCCACAGAGCAGCAGUACCACAUGCAACUACAGAAUUUAGAAGCUGAGAUUGAAUGUUUAGAGAAAGAGCUACAGGAAGUGAGAAGAAGUAUUGAGAAGCAGCUUCGAGAGCAUGAAAUUCUGCUGAACACUAGGAUGAAACUGGAGGAGGAGAUAGCAACGUACCGCAGUCUGCUUGAACAAGAAGAGAGCAGGUAUCGUUGCUCUAUACCUAAUCAAAAGGAUGACAAAAAGCCUACCACUAGCAAGAUUACCUUUAUGCUGCCUUCAAGUGAUAUAUUUGCAUUUUCUUUUAUAGAUGGUGUAAAGAAGCAUGAAACUGAGAAGGUGGAAUUGAUGACAAAACAAGCAGUCCUAGAUGGAAAUAUUAUGAAGGAAAGUGCUGAAGCUCAUGGCACUAUACAAACAGAAAAAGUGGAUGAAGUUAUUAAAGAAUGGGAAGGUUCUUUCUUUAAGGACAACCCACGCUUAAGGAAAAAAUCAGUUUCACUGCGCUUUGAUCUCCACCUAGCAGCAACCGAUGAAGGAUGUUUGCACACUAAACAGAAAACUCUUCCAGACAUUGAAGUCAGGCUGGUAAUGAGGAGGUCGUGCAGUAUCCCUUCUAUCAAACCUUAA